GGCGAAGUAACUAAACGCACGCGGCCAGUAUAUUGCAGGUCGCGCAUCGGAAACAACCGUUUUCGCCGCGGUUCCAUUUCCAAUUUGAUUAUAGAACGCGUUUCAACAAAUUACCCGCCAGCUUUUGAACGUUUUCGAAUUCUGGGAAUAGUGCAAGCGUGUUGACAGCGGUUUUAAAAAUACAUAAUGGAGUGUUGAGUGGCUAGUGUUUUAUAUCGAUAUUUGUGUUUUUUUCUGUGUAAGGUUUUGAUGAAAUAAUAAAAUUAAACAGGUACAAAGUGAAGUGAGUGUUAGUGAGUGAUGACCAAGUGAGACGCGAUGGAGCCGACCCCGCUACCCCUGGAGGACGAGGAGGGCCGGCCCGCGCAGGGCUCCUCCACUGGCAGCGGCUCAUCGUCAGGCACCGGCUACUACGGACACAAGAACGGAGAAUGGCGAGGCGAGAGACGAAUGCUGGACAUCACCAGAGACAAGCCGGUCAAAGUGUGCGUGCGGGUCGUGGUACCGGUACGAGACCAUCCAAAGUUCAACUUCGUCGGAAAACUUUUGGGACCCAAGGGAAACUCCUUGAAGCGUCUACAGGAAGACACCAUGUGCAAGAUGGCGGUGCUAGGGCGGGGGUCCAUGAAGGACCGGCAGAAGGAGGAGGAGUUGAGGGUGUCUGGCGAUCCGAAGUUCGCUCACUUGUCGGACGAACUUCACGUGGAGAUUAGUGCGUUCGCGACGCCCGCAGAGGCGCACGCUCGGAUCGCUUACGCACUCGCCGAGCUCAGAAGGUUUCUAGUACCAGACUACAACGACGACAUACGACAGGAGCAGAUGCUGGAGAUGCAGAUCCUGUCGUCGCAGACAGAGCAGAGGAGGCCCACUCCCCCCGAUUCCUCCAGGAGUGGGAGUGAGGAGACGCUGCCUCUGAGGGACGCGGCUAAGCACAGGCUACCUACAGUUCCGGCGGCAGCGCAGCCCCUCCCGGCGGGUCUCCCAGUCAACCACGCGCCGAGCGCACGCGACUUCUCCCCACCUGUUCCAACUUCUGCCCCAGAACACUUAUCUGCGCAUCAUCAGCUGGCUGGCCACACCAGCCACAGCGUGUUAGUCGGAGGUGGGGUACUCCAACAGCCUCCAACACACCAUCUACUCACACAAAACUCAAUUCUAGGUGCGGGUGGGGGGGGUGCGAGCGUGGCCCGCAAGCGGCCGCUGCUGGGCGGCGCGCGGGCGGCCAUGUCGCCGACUAAACGCGCCGUCAUGACGCUCCUGGCCCGCGCCCGGGCCGCCACGCACAAGCACGCGCCCGCCUGGCCCGCGCCGCACGAGCACGCCGCCCUACUGCCUUUGAUACGCGACGACUUCGUCGCAGGGGUCGGUGUCAACAUCAACCUAGCAUAAUAAUGGCGGCAACGAAACUCUCUAGUCAAAAUGAACGCAUAUGGAAUUGAUAUAAAAAUACACAUGAUAAAAAAUAUUGAAGAAAACGUUUAAUAUCGCUUUUGAAGAGAAGAUAUUUAUUCUAUAUUGUAGUUAGUUAAUUAUUAUUGAUCAGUAUUACCACUUUUAUUUGUUUAUCAUAACGUAAAUGAGUUUGUUUAAAUUACCAUGUAUCCAGUAUGCGCGGGUUAAGGCGCCAUCAUGGCGCUUCUAUUUCUGCACACAGCUUUUGAAGAUAUUCUUUGGUUCCAUAGACAUAUAACGGCAUAUUUUCUAUUACUGCAAACAAUAAAGUGGUGACUGAAAAUGAAAUUUGAUCAUGCAAAUCAAUAGGUACCUUGAUUUACCGAUAAAAAAGGCAAACAACAAAUUCGUCAAAAAUAGCAAAUUACACAUUAAUACGCAACAAUUACAAUGAGAUUUUCAAGAACUCAUAACACUGUUUAUAAAAACACAUAUUAUAUAAUUAUCUGGUCUUACAAUGUUGUCUAAUUAACAUGAUUUAUAUAAUAUUAUAGUCUAUUACAAUAAUAGUCCUUUAAAAUUCACAACAAUAACCAUGUUUCAUUGAAAUAGCUAUUCAAUAUUCAUGUAUUGUUUGCUUGCUGGCAGGGAUAUAACGGAUAUUUAAUAUCUUAUGUGGUAAUAAUAACUUAUCAUGCAUAAUUAUAAUAGGUAUAAUACUGGUUUAAUUUAUUUAUUAUUUUAAAUUCUAUCUGAAAUCAUUCGGUACUUUAGUGUGUAUUCGAUUAUAAUUCCUGAUGCAUAUUUAGAAAAUCUAAUAAAGUGUUUUAGAUUUGCUAUACUUCAGCUAAUUAUAAUGCAAUGUUUCAUAUCCCUCAUAGCUGACUGCAAAAAAAAUUACAACUAAAUUUACAUACAUAACGCAGGAUAUUUGCAAAUAUUUUCUCUUGACUAUUUGCAUUUAAUUUAAAUAAAACUAUUGAAAUGUGUAUUUUUAUUGAAAUCUUUAUGUAUAUAAUUAAUAGAACAAAAUAAUAAUAAUCAUAUUGAUAAGAUAGUCUUAUUUCUGUACGUACUUAGCUUGUAACGUUUUUGAUUUGUAUACCUGUUUCAGUUAGAGUAAAUUUAAGAAUGAAUUAUUUAUUAAAACUAUGUAUGUAUUUCACACAUAUUAAAAAAUAUUUUUGUUGAUUUUUUUAUAUAGAUCAUUAGAAAGAUUGAUUAUUCCAAUUUUACGUUCUGUACUGUCAAUUUCAACGAACUCCAAUAUGUUAUAGAUAUUAGAAUUCAGUAUUUAAGCAUCUAGUCUAGAUUGUAUUCUACGAAUGUCGGGUCUUUGACUAGUUAGACAUAAAUUCAAAGAGACUUUAUUGUUUACUGAUCCUUCUCUUACACCUGCUUUGGUACUAAAUGCGCUGAAAUUAACCUUCGAUUUGUUCGAACGCUAAUGUUAGCGGAUUUUAUACGGCAAUUACAUUUAGUGUCGCCGCAUACGGGCCACGCGCAGCCACAAACGCCGCCACGAGAAGGUAGAAGCGGCUUCAAAGGUAGCUGAAGCGCGCUACAGCUACUUGUGGCCGGUGGUCGACACUUGCCAUCGGUGGCUGCUACUUUUUUUAACACAUGUUAAUAAUGGACUCUGACGAAAAAGUUUUGAAGGUGGGGAAUCGCGCGAGUGACGUGUGGCGGCGUUUUGUAUCGACGCAUUAAGUGGCCGGUGCGGGCCACAGGAAGCGAGCAACGACGAUUUGUACCGUGUGUGGCGAGUCCAUAUAAAAUGUAUGAAAACUACAGGAAAUAUGCUGGUGGCGACGUUUGUGGUUGUGGCCGGUGGCACGUGUGCGGCGACACUAAAAGUCGCCACACCCCACAGCCACAAACGCCGCCACGAAAAGCUAGAUGCGGCUACUAAAGUGGCUGAACCGCGCGACAGCGGCCGACUAGGGUAAGGGAGAGAGGGGUGGGGAAUCGCGCGAGUGACGUGUGACGGCGUUUUGUAUCGGCGCAUUAAGUGGCCGGUGCGGGCCACAAGAAGCGAGCAACGACGAUUUGAAGCGUGUGGCGGCCACCGGCGUACCGUGUGCGGCGAGUCCAUAUAAAAUGUAUGAAAACUACAGGAAAUAUGCCGGUGGCGGCGUUUUGUGGUUGUGGUCGGUGGCCCGUGUGCGGCGACACUUAGUCGUUAGCCCGUCGUAUUCGGGUUCGCGAAAGACAUUACUCAUAUUCGGGCACUCGGAGUAAUAUUUACACUGAAAUACGGACUGGAAGACGGUGUCGGGUAAACAAAAGGAAAUCUACCCGAACACAGGCGUACUCGACUCCGUUUAUUUGACACUUAGUCGUUUACCCGAAUUCCAUUGGCACUCGUAUUCGGGCUAACGACCCAGUGUAUUCGCGCCAUUAGUAACAAAGACACCCCAAGCUUCGUUACGCAAGUGUGGUAGAAAAAUCAUGCCACAUCUUUGGUACUUAAUGGCGCUAAAAUAAUCGUUCCAAAUUGAAAUUAGUUCUAUCGUACUGAAUUAUCGAGCUGCGGUACGAUAGACGCUAGACGAUAGUGUGGCUGGCGAUUUUAGACACGAUAAAAAAAAUACUAGAAAAAGUUCCACGCGAACCAGGCAGCAGACGGGACUCGAACCCGAACCUUUCGCUAUCCGGGCGCAUACACUGACCAUUAUGCCACCGCGACCCUGAUGGCCACGUCGAAUUCUUUCUAGCCUUUCUUAAGCUGCACGGCAGCGCCAUGUCUUCGCAUUGUAGGUAACCCACAAUGUCAAAUGAAUACCUUUACAACUAUGAAACAUUUGAAAGAAGAAAUAGUAAUUAUAGCCCGGAUAGCGAAGGGUGCGGGUUCGAGUCCCGUCUGCUGCCUGGUCCGAAUGUUUUUUUUUGUAAUAUUUUCUUUGGAAUUAAACUUCGAGCAGUUACGUGAUUAAAAAAAUAUAUAACUCAUAAAAGAGAUUAUGGAAAACGAUAAUUUUAUAAGAGCAGCUGAAUGAUCGUACUUACAAAAGCACAAAUUCAAAUUCGAACUCUUUUAGCGCCAUUAAGCACCAAAGCUUCGUCGCGCAGAGGAAGGGAGAAGCUGACGGGAGAAACAUUAAGAGGUAAAUC